CGUGACACUCAGCCAGGAAAUAAAGCAAAUGCGCGAAUAUUAUGAAAACGUUGAUAUCCAUUUUUUAACGCUUGUCCUUCUUUGGGGGUCGCGGGGGGUGCUGGAGCCUAUCUCAGCUGCCCGUUGUAAAUGUUUUUGAUGAACUAGAUGCCGCGUGUUUCUGGUGGUAAGGCUGGAGGUACAACUAGAAGAGACACCUGGAAGUAUGGAAAGCUGCUCUCAUAUCUUUCAAAUCUCUGGGAUCAAAAUUCGGGAUGAGAAGAAGUUUUUGAUCCAGGGCAUCCAUCAGUUGGGUGGAAAGUACAUUGGGGGCUCAGUCUUCCAGAGCGCUUGCACACAUCUCGUAGUCCCUCAAGUUUUAUCCAGUGAGAAGUUUUUGGCAUCUUGUGCUGCAGGAAAGUGGGUCGUUACUGUAAACUAUGUUCUGGACAGCGUUAAGAAUGGUUCCUGGCUCCCGGAGGAACCGUACGAGCUGUCUGUUUCCACAGGCACCAAGUCUGUCUUCUAUCCUGUCAGACAGUGGAGAGAGAAGGUGAUCAGUGGGAAAAUAAGCGGGGCCUUCCAGGGCUGGAGGGUUCUUCUCAUGGUCCGAAAUACUAACCGCUCGCCCGUGUUCAAACGGCUCCUGAAAGCGGGCCGUGCCAGUGUAUACAGCUAUCCUCCUCCAGCGGAUGUCUCCAUCACUCAUGUUAUGGCUAAGCCAAUUACAAAUGAUGCAAGAUCCCACAAUGCUCCUUGCAUUCCUGUAAGCCACAUUGUCAAGCACCUCUUUGGGAACAAUUCUGUCAACAUGAAUUUCAACAUAACAAACGAUGACUAUGAAAUAAACGAGACCAGUGUUGUGGACGUUGACUUCUCUGAACUAGAAGCAGAGCUCAAGGAGUACGCCAUCAAGCAAGAGAGGCGACCAAGAAUGUUCUUCCUUGAAUUUCUGGAUGACCAUGCCCCGCAUCGUCCUCAGUCACAGACAAGUGAAACAGACCUCAGCAACGUUGGCAGCAUGAUCGAGUGUGGCCUCUCCAUUGAAGCUCUGGACACAAUCCGAAGUGCAGUUUUCCCAGGGUUUCUGCCACCAGUGCCAUACAUGGUCUCUCUCAUGGAAUACGCCCAGCAGGGCAGUGCCACACCUGUCUUCAUGAGGAGUUUCCAGCAAAUAUUGCACAGGUUACUUGUUAACAACCCUCCUUGGCUCGCUCCCACUACCGUGAAAAAAUAUUUCAGUCAGCUGUUGCAGUGUCCUCGGUGCAAGACAGGGCAAUGGCCUUUUUUGGAGACAGCCAUCAGUUACUGUCUGUCGAGUGAGGCCACUUGUCACCGGCUCCCAGGACCCACGCUGCCAACACUCUUGCAGUUCCACAGAGACCUACUGGAGUUCUUUCUCAAACUCUUCCAAGGGGAACUCCACUCCAUCACUUCUUGUGAUUUCCAGCAGCUUUCUGGUGCAGCAACCUCUCCGGUAUCUACAUCAGGUACAUUGCUGUAUGGAACCUUCUGGACUGUGUGGGAGCGAUCGACACUGUUGUCUUGCGCUGUGAAAAAGCUCAUCCAACUCAUGAUGCAGGCAGCCUCAGCGGACCAUGCUGAGAAGGACGAGAAGAAUCACAAACGACAUCUAGUGGACAUCCUGCUGGGCCUCCUGUCUGUGUUGGUGGAGUUUUGGUGUCAGCAGCACAUAAAACUGAACCAGAAACUUGUGGAAAAGGGCCUGAAAUGUCUUGCAGAGCACUUUGCUGUCACUAGCCAAAGUCUGUCUUUAGUGUUCCUAGCAGAGCUGGUUGCCAAAGUUACAUCCACAAGACUUAGACUGGCGUUGGUGGAUGCGAUAUUCAGGAAUAUCUGUUGCAAAAAUGAAAUUACAGUCGGAGAUGAACCCCUGUCUCUCAAGAAAGUGGUGCUGUCCUACCUGCCUGCUCUCGGACAUUUAGCUCAAAGCCACCGCUGGAUGCAGCGUACCUCCAACAGCUGCACAGACAUGGACACCAAUUGUGGAACUCUGAGCCCAGUGGAGGAUAAAUCGGGGAAAGAAUACAUCCUGAGAGGUCUGAACAAAGUUAAUGCAGCAGGAGAGACCCUCCUCCACAUUGCUUGCAAGAAGAACCAAGUGGAGACGGUGCUGCAGAUCCUGGCGCUUCCUGGCAUCGACGUCAACGUUACGGACUACACAGGGUGGACCCCUCUGCAUGAAGCAUGCAACCACGGCAGCACCGCUUGUGUGGAGGCUUUGCUACGUCACCACCCCGCCCCUCUCCUUAAGUAUGCGGUGGGCGGAGUCACCCCACUGCAUGACGCCAUGGUCAACGGACAUAUGGACAUCGCCAAAAUGCUUCUGGAGACUGCAGGUUCUGAGCUUCUCCAGCUGACUGAUGGAAAAGGUUGUACUGCGUUGGACUUGGUCUCCGCACAAAGUCAGAAGGCGGAGCUUGUCCGCAGCGCAGAAGCAGGUGACUCCAACCUGAAGAAGGCCAUAGAGGGGAUAAACAACACUCUCUUGGAGGCGGGCUCUUGCAUGCUAGCACACCUCAUUGUGUGCCACCUGCAGGAGAUGGGCCUGCCCGGACGCAUGGAGCCCAGCCACAUGGCUUCCGGCCUGGGGAACAAACUGGUCCAGGCCCUGGAGAGGCACUCCCUCCAAAAAGUGACGCUAGGCUGGACGGACCAACGAGCGGUGAGACUCGUACGCGACACAGACACUCUGCUGGAGUUUGCCAGACAGAAACUGUCAGGGCAAGUGUGUGCUGUGGUGAAGGAGCACGAAGGGGAGAAUACGUUGCUUCUCAUGGAGAUCCUGGAGAAUCUGGAGUCUCAAGGACAAAUACUCUUGGCUGAAGUCGACAAAGACUUUAGAAAUUAGCCGUUGAAGACGUUGGUGUUGUAAUUGAGCACAUGAAGGUACAUUAGGAAAGUGACAAAUGUUUGCACAGUUUUUCAUGUUACAAAUGUAUACAUUGACUAAUAUAUAUGACUAUGAGAAAUUGUUAUUGACAAGUGUUAGAGUGUAUUUACUGUAGAUAUAAUGUACAUAUUUAAACUCACAUACUACCUCAAGCUUCUUUGUACGAUUGGAUUAACAAAAUAAAGAAUUGCC